AUGUUGUUGAUAGCUCAGCAUCCAGUUGAGAGUAACACCAAGAAAUUCUUCUUCAAGGUGACCCAUGAAGAAGUUGGCAUAUUGGGGAGCGAUCCUAGUACCCAUGGCUUUAACAAAGAGUUUGUUGUUGAUUGUAAAAUUGUUAUGGAUGAGGAUGAAAUAGAUGAGUUUGAUGUUGUGUUUGAGAUGGAUAUCGGAGUGUUGUCCAUUAUCUUUCGAGGACUCCUGCCCUGUAGAUCAUUUUGUGAGGCAGCAAAGGAAGGUUGUGAACCAGUUCUGGGGAUGGUGAAUUCUUCAUGGCCUGAGUUCCUCAGAUGCUCCCAGUUUCAAAACAGAACUGAAAAUGACAAUACCACAAGGGUCUGCUUCUCGCCAUGGCAAGAGAGAGGAAAACAACUGCUGUGCGGAGAUGAGAGCUUCUUAUGUGCCAGUGGAAUCUGCAUCCCUGGGAAACUACAAUGUAAUGGCUACAAUGACUGUGAUGACUGGAGCGAUGAGGCACAUUGCAAUUGCAGUGAUGAUGUGUUCCGCUGUACUACUGGAAAAUGCCUCAAUUACACCUUUGUUUGUGAUGGAUAUGAUGAUUGUGGAGACCUGAGUGAUGAACAAAACUGUGACUGCAAUCCAUUGAAGCAACAUCGAUGUGGAGAUGGAAGAUGUAUAACGGUAGACUGGGUAUGUGAUGGUGACCAUGAUUGUAUAGACAAGUCAGAUGAAGUCAAUUGCUCAUGUUACAGUCAGGGUCUGGUGGAGUGCAGAAAUGGACAGUGCAUUCCCAGUGCUUUCCAGUGUGAUGGGGAUAAUGACUGUAAAGAUGGAAGUGAUGAAGAUAAUUGCAGUGAAAAUAAGGGUCAAACACCAUGUCAGGGAGGGGACCAGAGAUGUAUUGAUCCUUCCUGCCCUGAUUCUUGUGGCACCUCUUCUCUCUGUGACAUGAACAAUAGCCAGACAAACUGUAGUCAGUGUGAACCAAUUACUCUGGAACUCUGCAUGAACCUGCCUUACAACUAUACAAACUACCCAAAAUACUUGGGCCAUAGGACUCAGAAGGAAGCCUCCAUCAGCUGGGAAUCUUCCCUUUUUCCAGCCUUGGUUCAGACUAACUGCUACAAGUACCUUAUGUUUUUUGCCUGUACAAUCUUGGUGCCAAAAUGUGACCCUCAAACGAAUCAGCGUAUCCCACCCUGCAGGACGCUAUGUGAGCAUUCCAAAGACCGCUGUGAAUCUGUGCUUGGAAUUGUGGGCCUGCAGUGGCCAGAAGACACAGACUGCACUCAGUUCCCAGAAGAAAACUCAGACAACCGAACCUGCCUAACACCUGAUGAGGAUGUGGAAGAGUGCUCACCCAGUCACUUCAAGUGCCGUUCUGGAAGGUGUGUCUUGGCCUCCAGAAGAUGUGAUGGCCAGGCUGACUGUGAAGAUGAUAGUGACGAGGACAACUGUGGUUGUAAAGAAAGGGGUCUUUGGGAAUGUCCAUCGAACAAGCUGUGUAUCCAGCACGCCAUGAUCUGUGACGGCUUUCCAGAUUGUCCUGACAAGGUGGAUGAAAAGAACUGCUCAUUUUGCAAGGCGGAUGAGCUUGAAUGUGCCAGUCAUGAUUGUGUGCCACGUGAACUGUGGUGCGAUGGGCAGCUAGACUGCAUGGACAACUCAGAUGAAUGGAACUGUGUGACCCUAUCUAAAAAUGCAAGCUCUUUGGCAUUCCUGACUAUUCACAGGUCAGCUACUGAUUACCAUGUUUGUGCUGAUGAGUGGCAAGAAAAGUUAAGCCAACUGGCCUGCAAUCAAAUGGGUUUAGGGGGGCCGUCUGCAACAAAAAUUGUACAAGAAAAUGAGCAACUACACCAUCAAAAGUGGCUGAAUCUGCCCUCUGACUGGAAGAAUAAAAAUGCAUCCACGUUACCUGCCCUUCUAGUGAAAGGGCAGUCAUGUCAAAGCAGAAGUAAAGUGUCCCUUCUCUGUAGCAAAAAAGAUUGUGGCCGUCGCCCUGCAGCUCGCAUGAGCAAGAGGAUCCUUGGUGGCAGGACAAGUCGUCCAGGACGGUGGCCGUGGCAGUGCUCUCUGCAGAGUGAACCAAGUGGGCACAUAUGUGGCUGUGUUUUAAUUGCAAACAAAUGGGUUUUGACGGUAGCACACUGCUUUGAGGGGAGAGAAAAUGCUGCAGUCUGGAAAGUGGUGUUUGGUAUAAACAAUCUGGAUCAUCCAUCAAUCUUCAUGCAGACCCGACUGGUGAAGACGAUUAUCUUGCAUCCACGCUAUAACAGAGCAGUAGUUGACUAUGAUAUCAGCAUUGUAGAACUAAAUGAAGAUAUCGACGAGACAAGUUAUGUAAGGCCAGUCUGCUUACCCAGCAGAGAGCAGUUGGUUGAGCCAGAUACCUACUGCUACAUCACAGGCUGGGGACACAUGGGCAACAAAAUGCCUUUUAAACUUCAAGAAGGAGAAGUUCGUAUUAUCUCCCUAGAACAAUGCCAGUCAUAUUUUGACAUGAAGACCAUCACCAACAGGAUGUUAUGUGCAGGCUAUGAGUCUGGAACUGUGGACUCUUGCAUGGGCGACAGUGGAGGACCUCUUGUCUGUGAGCAGCCUGCAGGACGCUGGACAUUGUUUGGUUUAACCUCGUGGGGCUCUGUCUGCUUUUCCAAAGUUUUGGGACCUGGAGUUUAUAGCAAUGUAUCACACUUCAUUGAAUGGAUUGAAAGACAAAUAUACAUUCACACCUUUCUACUAAACUAAUGCCAGAAGGGCAGUGUUGUGCUGGCAUACAAGAGGCAAAAAUCAUUGGCCUUUGAAGAUUGCACAACCAAGAAACUUAAGAGAAAGUUACAAGCCCUGUGUUGUUGAUGGAGAGGUAUGGAAAAUGCAGCAAAAAUAAAUUGAUUAAACUCUCUGCCCCUGAAGGUACACUGGGGCAGAAGACUAUUUUUGCAAUCCUUUGACUUUUCCUUUAGCUCCACUGUGUGCAUUCCAAGCACAACCCAAGGCUUAAAGGAAGAAUCAGCUGAUUUUCUGCCUUUCAGAUAUUUAAAUUAAGCUGUAGCACAGACUUAGUAAAACUAUAAAACUUUUUGGAAAAAAUAAACAGUAGAGCACACAGUUUUAGCCCACAAUUCUUGCAGUGAAGAAUAAAAUCAAUACCUUCUCAAAGAUGACAUUAAGGUCUAUACUAAAAUUAGCCCUCUGCUACCUCGAGUUUGCUCCUGUGUUAGCAUAGCAGGGCCUUGUGAAAAAUACAACCAGCAUGGGAGAAUGUGUAGUUCUUUGAGACAACUGGUAAGUGGAUGCUUUAGAUACUGUCACACUACAAUUAGUUCAGACUACUGUUAGGUGAAACAUUUACUUCUAAAAUUCAGUAACUUCUGCUUUGAUUAACCUAAUGUAACAUGUACCAGACAGUGUCCUAUAGAAAUAUUCACUGUAUUCAUAAAUAGUAAUAGUGUUAUAGAUUUUUAAGUCACUGUUGCAUUGCAGUGUCACUAUAAGAAAAAACCUAGUGACAUGACAGUAUGUUUCAUUGUAUAUUAUGGGCUUAGGGGAUGGCAAAAUAACUCUCCCCGACCUCUAAAUAAUACAGCUGGGUCCACAUUUCUCUAGUUCAGGGCUGCAUCUAACUCAUGCAAGAUGAGUUAGCUUGUCGACAUCCUAAUCUCAAAUGCAAAAAGGUGUGGAAAUUACGACUUCCAGUAGCCCAGGCUCCAGCUUUCACCAUAGGCUCAGCUAGUGUAACUUGGUGUAGCUCAGUUAAAGUCAAAGGAACCAUACUAUACAAACCCUCUGAAGCUCUGGCCCAUAAGGGCCAGUUUGACAGCCUUGCAAUAAUAGUUUGGAGCUGGGUUCUGAAAUACUGGAUUUUUUUUUAGGAAGUUUUGUUUUCAGUAUUA